AUGAUAACAAUUACACGCUUCCAGGCACUGACUCACCGGUACGUGUCUCCCAACCAAGAGCUGGCAGCUGUCUUGGUACUCGAAGCCGCCGAUCGCACCAGAGUGCACUCCUCACGGAAAAGACCUACGACGUCACUUCCGCCAGGCAUUAGAGUUGUCGCUUCCUGCGCGGCCCUGAGAGGGGUCUGGCGCUACGAUGACCAUCAUUUACCAGUAUCGGGUGGCUACCACCAGCCUCGGUGGCUUCCUUCGAUUACUUACAAUAUGGCGAGGAAGCGUCUACAAAUUGAUGUACAAAGAAAUACUCAUCUUCAGCUCCAUGUAUGCGGCCAUCAGCGUAACCUACCGUGUGGGACUCAACGAGAAACAGAGACAAUUAUUGUCCCUUUCCCGCCCACUCAAACAAGGUUUCUGUUGAAGAUCAAGCAGUCAUUAUUUCCCCAAACAGAAACUAAAUUUCACCUUCGGCCCAGCGAGCUGGCGAUUUUAUUUUCUUCCUAUUUUCUUUCUUUGAUACACUCUUUAAAUGGUGCUUCCCUUCUGCCACCUUCAUUAUACACAUACCUGUUCCUCUCUCGAUUCUAUCUAUCUAUCUAUCUAUCUAUCUAUCUAUCUAUCUAUCUAUCUAUCUAUCUAUCUAUUUCAUAUACUCAUUAUCUAUCUAUCUAUCUAUCUAUCUAUGUCAGCGUACUCAUUAUCUAUCUAUCUAUCUAUCUCAGUGUACUCAUUAUCUCUCUCUUUCUCUCUCUCUCUCUAUAUAUAUAUAUAUAUAUACAUACAUUACAGUAUACAUUAUCUAUCUAUCUAUCUAUCUAUCUAUCUAUCUAUCUAUGGCAGCGUACUCAUUAUCUAUCUAUCUAUCUAUCUAUCUAUCUAUCUAUCUAUCUAUCUAUCCUUCUCAUAUACUCUUUAUCUAUCUAUCUAUCUAUCUAUCUAUCUAUCUAUCUAUCUAUCUAUCUAUCUAUCUAUCUAAUUUGGACAUAG